CCUGUUGAUGAUGGUGAAAGUUCUUCUUCCGGUCCUAUUGAUAGUCUCGAAAAUUGGAGACGAGCUACAUAUCUUGUCUUGAAUCUACGGCGCGGUAGGUUCCGGUACACACGGGACUUGAAAAAGGAUGAAGAAAAAGAAGAAACUAUGAGCAAGAUCAGAGCACAUGCUCAAGUCAUCCGGGCUACAGUUCUUUUCAAAGAGGCUGCUGCGCAGAAGCCGUUUGAACCUGCAGUUCCUCAUGUAGAUUUUGGUAUUGAACCAGCUCAGUUAACUGACAUGACCAGCAAUAACAACUUUGGUGCAUUGGAGCAGCAUGGUGGUGUUAAUGGACUGUCAGAGAUGUUAAGAACAGAUGCGAAUAAGGGUAUCACCGGAGAUGAUGAUGAUAUUCUUAGUCGGAAGAACAUAUUUGGGUCUAACACUUACCCUCAGAAGAAAUCUCGCACCAUCUGGAGCUUCCUCUGGGAAGCUUGGCAAGACCGGACGCUAAUUACCUUGAUCGUAGCCGCAGCAAUAUCUUUGGGUUUGGGGAUUAAGUCAGACGGUUGGAAAGAAGGGUGGUAUGAUGGUGGGAGCAUUGCGUUUGCUGUUAUUCUUGUUAUAAUGGUUACUGCUGUCAGCGAUUACCGACAAUCUCUUCAGUUUCAGAGCUUGAAUGAUGAAAAACGAGACAUACAUAUGGAGGUCACUAGAGGUGGUAAAAGAGUGGAGGUCUCGAUAUUCGACCUCGUGGUUGGUGAUGUUGUGCCUUUAAAGAUUGGUGAUCAGGUCCCUGCGGAUGGAGUUCUAAUUUCUAGCCACUCUCUUUCUGUUGAUGAAUCUAGCAUGACUGGGGAGAGCAAGCUUGUUCAAAAAGAUCGCAAGCAUCCUUUUAUGAUGUCUGGUUGCAAAAUUGCUGAUGGUUAUGGCACUAUGCUGGUAACUGGUGUUGGGACAAACACUGAAUGGGGGUUGCUGAUGGCCACCAUAUCAGAGGACAAUAAUGAAGAGACUCCUUUGCAGGUACGUCUGAAUGGUGUUGCAAGUUUUGUUGGUAUAGUUGGGCUCGUGGUAGCUGUUUUCGUGUUCGCUGUUCUUUUGGUUAGAUAUUUCACUGGCCAUUCAUCAAAUCCAUACAUCAAAGGGAAAACAAGUUCUGGUGAUGCAGUGGAUGCAUUUAUUAAAAUCUUCACGGUUGCGGUCACCAUUGUGGUCGUUGCAGUCCCUGAAGGUCUUCCUCUUGCCGUCACCUUGACCCUUGCUUAUUCAAUGAAGAAGAUGAUGGUUGACAAGGCUCUGGUGCGGAGGCUUUCUGCCUGUGAAACUAUGGGAUCUGCAACGACUAUUUGCAGUGAUAAGACUGGCACAUUGACCUUGAAUAAGAUGACUGUCACCGAGGCUUAUAUUGGGGGAAAGAAGACUGAUUCUCCUGACAACAUCUCAUUGUUAUCUGCCACUGCACAUUCUCUGAUUAAAGAAGGUGUUGCACUGAACACCACAGGAAGUGUGUUUACCUCUGAUACUGGUGAAGUUGAGAUUUCUGGGUCUCCUACUGAGAAAGCGAUUCUUUGGUGGGGUGUCAAGCUAGGGAUGAACUUUGAAGAGCUAAGGUCGCAAUGUAAGCUUCUUCAUGUUUUUCCUUUCAACUCGGAGAAGAAACGAGGGGGUCUUGCUCUACAACUUCCUGAUUCUCGAGUUCAUAUUCAUUGGAAAGGUGCUGCUGAGAUAGUCCUAAGCUCAUGCACAGAAUACCUUGAUGCGGAUGGAUCCUGCAAAAGAAUGGAUGAGGGCAUGGUGAAAUAUUUCAAGGACGCUAUUUCUGAAAUGGCUGCGAAUAGUUUGCGAUGUGUUGCUCUUGCCUGCAGAUCAUAUCCAAUAGAGAAUGUUCCGAAAGAUGAAGAUAGUUUGGCCGAGUGGGUUAUCCCUGAAGAUGAACUAGUUUUGUUGGCUAUCGUCGGGUUAAAGGAUCCUUGUCGUCCAGGAGUUAGAGAAGCUGUAGAACUAUGCACCAAGGCUGGUGUUAAGGUACGGAUGGUAACUGGAGACAACCUUCAGACAGCAAAAGCAAUAGCUCUGGAAUGUGGAAUUCUUGCUUCUGAUGUGGAUGCUAUGGAGCCAACUCUCAUUGAAGGAAAGAGAUUCCGCGAGUUGUCUGAAUCCGAUAGAGAAGAAGUUGCAGGAAAAAUCUCAGUGAUGGGUAGGUCUUCUCCAAAUGACAAGUUGUUGCUUGUUCAAGCACUGAAGAAAAGAGGUCACGUUGUUGCAGUGACUGGGGAUGGCACCAACGAUGCUCCUGCGCUGAAAGAGGCUGAUAUAGGUCUUGCCAUGGGGAUUCAAGGAACUGAAGUGGCAAAGGAGAGCGCAGACAUUAUUAUACUGGAUGAUAACUUUGCUUCGGUUGUAAAGGUUGUGCGCUGGGGAAGGUCUGUGUAUGCUAAUAUCCAAAAGUUCAUUCAGUUCCAGCUCACAGUUAAUGUUGCUGCUCUUGUCAUCAAUGUUGUCGCUGCAGUAUCCUCUGGUGAAGUUCCCUUAAACGCCGUCCAGCUUCUCUGGGUCAAUAUUAUCAUGGACACUCUUGGAGCACUUGCAUUGGCCACGGAACCACCAACAGAUCGUCUAAUGGACAGAGCUCCAGUUGGUAGAAAGGAACCACUCAUUACAAAUAUCAUGUGGAGGAACUUAUUUGUGCAGGCAAUAUACCAAGUGACUGUGCUUCUCGUCCUUUACUACAAGGGUGAGAGCAUCCUACAUCUGACGAAGAGUGAGCAUGAUAUCAAGGUGAAGAAUACUUUGAUCUUCAAUGCAUUUGUCCUCGCCCAGUUAUUCAACGAGUUCAAUGCACGAAAGCCUGAUGAGUUUAACGUCUUCCCUGGAAUCACCAGAAAUCGCCUCUUUAUGGGCAUCAUCUCAGUAACUCUUGUGCUUCAGAUCCUGAUCAUCUUCUUUCUGGGAAAAUUCACCAGCACUGUGCGACUAAGCUGGGGAUUGUGGCUGAUUUCUGUUGGUAUUGGUUUUAUCAGUUGGCCUUUAGCAGUACUUGGGAAGUUUAUUCCAGUCCCUGCAACUCCCCUUGGCCAUUACUUCACAAGACUUUUCCGCAAAAUUCCUUGGUGCAAGUCCUGA